UCAUCAUCUGUCAUGAAGUUCGGGCUGCAACGUCCCGUAUGAGUCUACAGGAACCGAUGUGCAUGGGAUACCCGUAGCUCGAGCACCGCGAUAUAAUUAGCAUCGGGAUUAAGUGGUUGGUCCUGGAAAUCUGCGACCAUCCAGGCCUCGCCCUGGAGUUUAUUUUAUCCUCCCGGGCUGCUGUGGAACGGGUCACAAACUUUGACGUUCCAGCUCGACAGUUUCGAACUUAGUGUUCUUCAUCGAUGACUUCGAAAAAUGCCAGUCUCAGAUAAUGCUGUCCUAUUUUCCUGUAUCGUCACGCUUAUCUUGGCUAUUGCCAUCCUAGCCGUCGGGUUACGGCUUCAUGUUCGUGUGUCGCUACUCAAGAAUCCGGGAAAGGAUGAUUGGCUAUGUCUCGCAGCACUAUGUUGUGGUCUGGGAACCUAUCUAGCGAAUAUGGCUGGCGUAGCAGUAGGUUUCGGUGAUUCACUGUUAGACAUGACCCCUGAAAAUCGAACAACCACGCUCAAGACAAUAUGGAUCUCCCCUCCCCUCUGGGGCCUCUCCUCCUCACUCAUAAAAAUGUCCAUAAUAACAUCCUACCUCCGAAUCUGGUCCGACCGACCCUUCAAACUCCUCUGCCACAUCCUCCUCGCCAUCCUCACACUCUUCGGUCUCUCCCUCUUCUUCGGCGGCGUAUUCGCCUGCGUCCCAAUCUCUCUCUCCUGGACGCCUCCAUCACCCACCUCGCGCUCCGCAUCUCAAUGCAUCAACCUGCCUCUCUUCAUGUUCAUAACCUCAACCGUAAACACCGCCCUCGACCUCGUCAUCUUCGCCAUCCCAGUCCCCCUAGUCCACCGCCUGCAGAUCGCCGCGCGCCAGAAAGUCGCGCUAACCGGCGUUUUUACCAUCGGCGCCGUCGUCUGUGUCGCUUCCGUCAUGCGGCUGGUGUCCAUCUACGAGCUGGACACCACCACUGACCCGAGCGAAGGCGGCAUUCGUCUAGGCCUAUGGUCCGGCAUCGAGAGUAACCUCGCUAUAACCUGCGCCUGCCUGCCUACCUUGCGACCCGUGAUAGCACGUGUGUUCCCGCGGCUAUUACUAAGCGCCACAUCGCACAGCGCGCCGAGCUGGGGGCGGAGGAGCGCGGGCGUGAGUGCAGGGGGCUCGCGGCGGUGGACGCGGCGCGAGACGGGCACGUACCGGGUGCCCGAGCUGCAGACUGAUGAGUUUAGCCGGUACGAUGACCGCAAGCUAGGACAUGAAGAUAUAGAGAUGGGCGCGAUCCGGGUGAACUCGAGCUUCCGAGUCGACGUCGAGAGCGUCGGGGCGCCGACUCCGGCGCACGUAGAUAGGCAUGACCACACGUCGUAUAUGGAUUUAAGCUAAUGAAUGAAUACUAAAAUUUGAUUCUACCGCCUGACCACAUGAUAAUAAUUAAUGCUUGGCCCAAUACUAGC